UGUCCAAUUUUACAAAUUUUUCUCUCCUAUCGUAAACCAGCGAUGUAGAGAAAUCCAACAGCGCUGUUCCUAUAUAUAUUUGGCCUCCUACUUACCUUCUUCUCACAUCUAAACUCAAUCUUCUUCAAUCUCCUUGCAUAUAUUAUCCUCUCUAACAUUCUUUUUGAGAUUUCUUCAUCACCAUGGGCAAAGAUAAGAAUAGGGCAGGAGCUUCCGGCAAAUCCAAAGCCAAAUCCCGGGCACCGGUAACCAAUCCCGAGGAUCGCCUCGACUACGGCGAUGGGUCGUAUCUUUGGUUCGAUUCCGAGGAGGAGCGCACCCGUUUUCUCACCUUCUUCUCUAAACGGGUUGUGGCUCCCCCACGAAUCAUCCCGGAGCGUUACCCGGAGUUGCAGGGCUACGACGAACUCGACACGCAGCUUCAUCAAGCCGGCCUUUGGCCGUUCGUCUCUCGGGCACGCAAGGAGAUCAACCCGGCACUGAUCCGGGCCUUCUACUCCAACCUCCGGCGUGAGGACGACGUGCUCUACUCGCUCGUCAAGAGCACGCCGAUCGAGCUCACCGUGGAGGAGCUUGGGCGCAUCGCCGGCCUCCCCUUCCAAGGCGACGAUGUGUCUCACUAUGGUGGAGAGGAUUGGGUGCUCAACAACGAGGGCCUUAUCCUCAACGAGCUUGGCAUCACCGAGCUCAAACGCCAUGCCUCGGGCCGCCCAACCAUCCACUCCGCCAAACCCGAAGGCCGCCUCGUCCUCUACAUCGUCACCCGAAUCAUCAAACCCAGGAAGCACGGCCACACCAUCAUGCACGGUGAAGACCUCAAGCUUAUCCAUGCGAUCAUGCAUUCGGCCCCAAUCAAUUGGGCAAAGUUUGUCAUGAUCAACAUGACGAUUGCCGCGUCCACCGAGCACGACCACCUCCUCCCGUACCCGUUUUUGGUGAUGGGCAUCCUUGAACGGUUCAAGUUAACCACAACCAUUGGCCCGCUCAUGAAGGCCACGAAGCUUUGGACAAUCAGCAACCAAACCUUCAUCAAGCGGUCGGACAAGGCCGCGACUGCCACUGCCACUGCCGCGCCACGCCACACUGCCACUGCCGCUGGCCCAGCCGAACCCCUGGCACGGGCCAACCUCGGCUCCAUCGCCGACUCCCUCAACCGGCUCCACCUCAAAGUUGAUGGGAUGGGAAGCUACCUCGAACGGCUCGACGUGGCUGUUCAACGCCAAGGAUACGCAAUGAACUCGUACUUCCAAGGCAUCAACUACGUCCCCCCACCGUACCACGGCACGUUCUUUGGGCAAGUGUACGGUGACGAAGACGAAGCCGAUGACUCCUACGCCCCGUCAAGCUCCCCGGAUGAAGACGAGUUCGACGAUGCCAUCGAUGGGGAUGAGAUGGACGUCGACGACGACGAAGAGGAAACCGAAGACGAAAACUAGAACUCUCCUAGAAUUUCUAUCUCUUUUACCUUAAUUAUCCUGUUUUUUAAUGCUUAUGUUGCUUACAUAUUCUGAAUGUUAUAUGUAAACGUACAAAUAAAUUCCAAAGUUUUACCGAUAACAAUCCAAAAAAAAAAAUAACUAAUUGAAAUUUAU